AUGUCCAAUUCAGAUGUUGAAUCCAGAAAAGGAUCUGGUAUAACGGUAAAUACAUCAAAUAAUCCAGGUUUAGGUAAUGAAAUUUAUACAGAUUCAAAUAUUGAAACAAAUGAACAAAAUAAUGGUAAUGGUAAAUUAGGUAAAUGGCAAAAUUUUAAAGAUUCUUUUAAAGAAGCUAUACCAGAAAAUUCAGAAUCUUAUAUUGAUAAAACAGAAUUAAGAGAUUAUAAUGAAUUAACAGAUGUUGAAAGAGCUGCAUUAAAUUCUUCAAGAACUCAAAUGAAAAAAGAUUUAUCAACUCGUCAUUUAAUGAUGAUUGUCAUUGGUGGUGCUUUGGGGACUGGUUUAUUUGUUAAUUCUGGUGGUUCUUUAAAUACAGGUGGUCCUGCUGCAUUAGUUAUUGGUUGGGUUAUUAUUGCCACAAUGAUGUUUAGUACAAUGGUUGCUUUGGGGGAACUUUGUGUUACUUUCCCAGUUACUGGUGGGUUUACUACAUAUGCAACAAGAUUUAUUGAUCCAUCAUUUGGUUUUGCAAUGGGUUGGAAUUAUGCAUUACAAUGGUUAAUUUUAUUUCCUUUGGAAUUAGUUGCAGCUGCUAUAACUAUAAAAUAUUGGAAUCAUAAAAUUGAUUCAGAUGCAUGGGUUGCAAUUUUUUAUGUUUUUGUAUUUAUUUUAAAUAUGUUGGAUGUUAAAAUUUAUGCAGAAACUGAAGUUGUAAUGUCAUUAAUUAAAAUCAUUGCUGCAGCUGGAUUUUUCAUCUUAGGGCUUGUAUUAAUCGGUGGUGGUGGUCCAUCAGGUGGUUAUAUUGGUGGUAAAUAUUGGGAAAAUCCAGGUGCUUUUUCUCAUGGUUUUAAAGGUGUUUGUUCAGUUUUCGUUACUGCAGCUUUUUCAUUUGCAGGUACUGAAUUAAUUGCAGUUAUGGGAUCAGAAUGUUCAAAUCCAAGAGAAACUAUUCCAAAAGCUGCCAAACAAACAUUUUGGUUAUUAACAAUAAUUUAUGUUACAAUGUUAACAUUAAUUGGAUGUUUAGUUCCAUAUAAUGAUAGUAGAUUAUUAAAUUCAGAUCCUGAUGCCAAAGCAUCAAUUUCACCAUUUGUUAUUGCAAUUAAAAAUGGUGGUAUUAAAGGGUUACCAUCAUUAAUGAAUGCAAUUAUCUUGAUUGCAGUUUUAUCAGUGGCAAAUUCUUCAGUUUAUGCAUCAUCAAGAGUCUUUGCAUCAUUAGCAGAUAUUGGUCAUGCACCAAAAAUUUUAUCAUAUAUUGAUAGAAGAGGUAGACCAUUAGUUGCAACAUUAUUUACAUUAAUUUUUGGAUUAAUUUCAUUUAUUGCAUCAUCAUCAAAACAAAAUGAAGUUUUCACUUGGUUAUCAGCUUUAUCUGGGUUAUCAACAAUUUUUGCAUGGUUAUCUGUUUGUAUUGCACAUUUAAGAUUUAGAAGAGCUUUGUAUGUUCAAGGUAGAUCAACUGAUGAAUUAACUUAUGUUUCACAAACUGGUGUUUGGGGUUCAGUAUAUGGUAUUUUUAUGAAUAUGUUGGUAUUAAUGGGACAAUUUUGGGUUGCCCUUUUCCCAACUGAUAAAGCAGAUGCAGAAAGUUUUUUUUCAGUUUGGUUAUCAUUAGUAUUAUUUGUUGUUUUUUAUUUUGGUCAUAAACUUUGGAAAAAAAAUUGGACAUUGUUUAUUAGAGCUAAAGAUAUGGAUAUUGAUACUGGUAGAAAACAUAUUGAUAUGGAAUUAUUAAAACAAGAAAUUAUUUUUGAAAAACAAAGAUUAGCUAAUAGUCCAUUAUAUUAUAGAGCUUAUAAAUAUUGGUGUUAA